GCAGAGGCCCUGGCCCAGGGCUGGGCUUGGUUGUCAUGAGAGUGGAGGCUGCGGCCGGGGCGAUGGGCAGAGGCGGCCGGGUCUGCUUCUUCUCUGUCACUGCCGCAGCAGCUUGGGGUGCAAGGCGGCCUGGGGCGGCGGAAGGGACGCCCCCCGAGUUCCGUCUGAGGAAGCGGCGGCUGCCGAGGAAGUCCACGAGAGCCAGGUCCCGCACGCCCCUGGGGUCCGGGUGCUGAGGCGCCGCCUGGCCGCCUCCCCGGGCCGCGGCACCGCUCCGACCCAGCCGCCCUCUCCACCGGGGCCGCGGCAGCGCCAGUCGGGGCCCUUCCCUCUAAGCAGCCCAAACGUGCAGAAUGCCCCACAAGAUUGGAUUUGUAGUCGUCAGCUCAUCUGGACACGAAGACGGCUUCAGUGCCCGGGAGCUCAUGAUCCACGCGCCAACUGUCAGUGGGUGGCGGUCACCUAGAUUUUGCCAAUUUCCACAAGAAAUUGUCCUUCAAAUGGUGGAGAGAUGUCGAAUAAGGAAACUACAGUUACUUGCUCACCAGUAUAUGAUUUCAAGUAAAAUUGAGUUCUACAUUAGUGAAAGCUUGCCUGAAUAUUUUGCACCCUAUCAAGCAGAGCGGUUUCGAAGACUUGGAUGUGGAAAUUUUCUUAAGAAUGCUAAUUAGAUGACCAAUCUGGCCAACAUGGUGAAACCGUGUCUCUACUGAAAAUACAAAAAUUAGCCGGGCAUGGUGGUGAGCGUCUAUAAUCCCAGCUACUUGGGAAGCUGAGGCAGAAGAAUUGCUUGAACUUGGGAGGUGGAGGUUGGAAUGAGCCAAGAUCGCGCCACUGCACUCCAGCCUGGGUAGCAGAACAAGACUCCAUCUCAACAACAACAACAACAACAAAAGAAGAAUACUAAUUAGAAUUUGAGUUCUAGGGGUUUUUCCUAGGUUUUUCAUUCUAGACUUAGCUUUUAUUCAAACCUGUUGAUCCUGCAUAGGGGUAGUCUAGCUUUAAAAAAUAAAACAAUAAACAUAAAUGAGCCUAUUGAGUUCAAUCAGAGUAGGGAGCAGUUUUAUUGAACAGCACAUUUUCAAAUUCUUCAGUUGUGUUUUGUUUUUCAGCUACGUGUCUCUCUGUGAUAAUGAAAAGACAGGUUGCAAAGCCCGGGAACUAAAAUCAGUUUAUGUGGAUGCAGUAGGACAAUUUCUUAAACUGAUUUUUCACCAAAACCAUGUCAACAAAUACAACAUAUAUAAUCAGGUUGCUUUGGUUGCCAUAAAUAUCAUUGGAGACCCUGCAGAUUUCAGUGAUGAAAGCAAUACUGCCUCUCGAGAGAAGUUAAUUGACCACUACCUUGGGCACAACAGCGAGGACCCUGCUCUAGAAGGAACGUACGCCAGGAAAUCUGACUAUAUUUCUCCGCUAGAUGACUUAGCUUUUGAUAUGUACCAAGAUCCAGAAGUUGCACAGAUCAUACGAAAAUUAGAUGAAAGAAAACGGGAAGCUGUCCAAAAGGAACGCUAUGAUUAUGCCAAGAAACUAAAACAAGCCAUUGCUGAUUUGCAAAAGGUUGGUGAGCGCCUUGGGAGGUAUGAGGUAGAGAAACGCUGUGCCGUGGAGAAGGAAGACUACGAUCUCGCCAAGGAGAAGAAGCAGCAGAUGGAGCAGUAUCGUGCCGAGGUGUACGAGCAGCUGGAGCUGCACAGCCUCCUGGAUGCCGAGCUGAUGCGAAGACCUUUUGAUUUGCCCCUCCAGCCCCUCGCUCGUUCUGGCAGUCCUUGCCACCAAAAGCCAAUGCCCUCACUACCACAACUGGAAGAAAGAGGAACAGAAAACCAGUUUGCAGAACCUUUCCUUCAGGAAAAGCCUUCAUCAUAUUCUCUAACUAUUUCUCCUCAGCAUUCUGCAGUAGACCCGUUACUCCCUGCCACAGAUCCUCAUCCAAAGAUCAAUGCAGAGUCCCUGCCCUACGAUGAGCGGCCUCUUCCAGCUAUUCGUAAGCAUUAUGGGGAGGCAGUGGUGGAGCCGGAAAUGAGUAAUGCAGACAUCAGCGAUGCUCGGAGGGGAGGCAUGUUAGGGGAGCCAGAGCCCUUAACCGAGAAGGCCUUGAGAGAAGCCAGCUCUGCCAUCGAUGUGUUGGGAGAAACCUUGGUUGCUGGGGCCUAUUGUAAGACGUGGUCCUACCGAGAGGACGCACUGCUUGCCUUGUCUAAGAAGUUGAUGGAAAUGCCUGUUGGAACCCCAAAAGAAGAUUUAAAGAACACACUGAGAGCAUCCGUCUUUCUCGUUAGAAGAGCCAUAAAGGACAUUGUGACCUCCGUUUUUCAGGCUUCUUUGAAAUUGUUGAAAAUGAUCAUUACACAAUAUAUUCCUAAACAUAAGCUGAGUAAACUUGAAACAGCUCACUGUGUGGAGAGGACCAUUCCCGUUUUGCUCACCAGAACUGGAGAUUCUUCUGCCCGCCUCCGCGUCACAGCUGCAAAUUUUAUUCAGGAAAUGGCCUUGUUUAAAGAAGUUACGUCUCUCCAAAUUAUUCCAUCCUACCUGGUGCAGCCAUUGAAAGCAAACUCUUCAGUUCACCUGGCAAUGAGUCAGAUGGGCCUCCUGGCCCGGCUGCUGAAAGACCUGGGCACUGGCAGCUCGGGCUUCACCAUUGACAACGUGAUGAAGUUUUCAGUGAGUGCCCUGGAGCAUAGAGUGUAUGAGGUCCGCGAGACGGCGGUUCGAAUUAUUUUGGACAUGUACAGACAGCACCAGGCUUCCAUCCUGGAGUACCUUCCUCCAGACGACAGCAACACACGCAGGAACAUUCUCUACAAAACCAUUUUUGAGGGAUUUGCUAAAAUAGAUGGCAGACCUACAGAUGCUGAGAUGAGGGCACGGAGAAAAGCGGCUACAGAAGAAGCAGAAAAACAAAAGAAAGAAGAAAUAAAAGCUUUACAAGGGCAGCUGGCAGCACUGAAAGAAAUUCAGGCUGAAGUUCAGGAAAAAGAAAGUGAUGCUGUGAAGCCAAAGAAUCAGGACAUUCAAGGAGGGAAAGCAGCCCCUGCUGAAGCUCUGGGAAUCCCGGAUGAGCACUAUCUAGAUAAUUUGUGUAUUUUUUGUGGGGAAAGGAGUGAAUCCUUCACAGAGGAAGGUCUGGAUCUCCACUACUGGAAGCACUGUCUCAUGCUGACAAGAUGUGACCACUGCAAACAGGUGGUCGAGAUAUCCAGUCUGACGGAGCACUUGCUGACAGAAUGUGACGAAAAAGACGGGUUUGGAAAGUGUUACCGUUGCAGUGAGGCUGUUUUCAAGGAAGAGCUGCCCAGACACAUAAAACACAAGGAUUGCAACCCUGCCAAACCAGAGAAGCUGGCGAACCGGUGUCCUCUGUGUCAUGAGAACUUCAGCCCUGGAGACGAGGCAUGGAAAGCUCACCUGAUGGGCCCAGCCGGCUGCACGAUGAACCUGCGCAAGACACACAUUCUGCAGAAGGCCCCGGCACUGCAGCCAGGGAAAAGCUCAGCUGUGGUCGCAUCAGGCCCCUCGGGGUCAAAGGCCGGAAGCAAGAUCCCCACCCCGAAGGGCGGACUGAGCAAGAGCUCCAGCAGGACGCACGCCAAGCGCUGACGCGGCGCUCGGGCUCCUUGGUCUCUGUGAGGGAUGGAGCAGGUCUCCUGAUUCUACACCAUCUCUCCAGCACUCUCUGGCCUUGGUGGCCCCAUGCCGUGGCUGCUGUCCCCAGCUCCCCGCCGUGCACGCCUCUUACGCGUCUGUGCCGUCAGCUCUCGUGCAAACGAUAUGGAUGCAGCUAACCAAAGAUCCCGCAUGCAGUGCCAGGACGUGGCCGCACUGUACAUUAAGCCUUCAGGGCUGUCUCAGGCCUUCCUUAGAAUCAGAGGAGGAAGCGUCCUGUUUGGAGAGAGCCAGAGAGCACCGCCAGGGAGGCGCUCGCGCAAGGCCACGGCCAGCACAGGCACGGUCCCGCUCUCCUUAGUGCUUGGAGCAAUUUCCAUAAAACAUUCACCAGAAACCUUUUGCACAUCGGUCUCUGCCACACGCAGUAGAAUUUCCGCAGGGCUGUGGCUCGGCCAGCGGUGGUUCCAGGAGAGUGGCGGUGCGCACGGGCCUCCAGCCGUGCCUUCUCCCUGCAGGCCCCGUCUGCUGGGCCUGCUGCCCAGUGCACUCAGCCCCGGGUAGCAGAACUCACGUUCCCACUAUAGCAAGAAAUAAAGGCAAAAGAGAACA